CAUUUUUAGCAACCCUUUAUUUAUUUAUCUUCUGUGUUUAGAACAUAGAGAGAAUUUACCAAAAGGAAGGAUUUCUCUUUAGGAAACAGAGGAGGAACAGUGGAGAAACAGGGGAUUUUAGGUAUUGAUCAUAUCAUAGUACCGUUUUAAAUUGAUUUCUUAGGGUUUUGAUCAAAUCCCUUUGUGGGUUUUUGGUGAAUUAAAAAUGGGUCGUGGAAAGAUUGAGAUUAAGAAGAUUGAAAAUGCAAAUAGUAGACAAGUUACAUUCUCUAAACGUCGUUCUGGGUUGUUGAAGAAAGCUCAUGAACUUUCUGUACUUUGUGAUGUUGAAAUUGCUCUCAUUAUCUUUUCUAGUACUGGUAGAUUAUUUGAAUUCUCUAGCUCCAGCAUGAAACGAACGCUUGCUAGGUACACGAAUACCCCAGAAAUCUCUGAUCUUGCGGCUGGAAAUCCACAAUCGGAGGAACUCGAAGAGCUUAGGGAGAUUGAUAGCAUAAAAGAAGAGAUAGCGAGGCUUCAAGUGACACAAAAGAGGUUACUAGGAAAAGAUUUUUCAGGCUUGAGCAUAAAAGAACUGCAGCAGCUGGAAAAACAAUUGUCUGAAAGCCUUUUAUCUGUAAAAGCUAAGAAGGACGAGCUGCUGAUGGAACAACUGGAACGCUCACGCACACAGGAGCAGAGGGCUUUGCUGGAGAACGAGUCUUUACGCAGACAGAUUGCCGAUCUUAGAGGAUUUGCAACACGAUCUGAAAGUCCAGAGCCUCUGUAUCUCGAGUAUUAUCCCUUACAAACAAAGAUUCGGUCCGAGACAAAUACGACUUCAGGGUCUGAUGGAUUCUGCAACAGUGAACUCGAGAAAUCAGAUUCUGACGAUGUUACCUUGCACCUAUGGCCACCUUGUGACCACAACCGGAAGAGAAAACUGGUAGUGACUGAGAGCAGUCCAGAAGUUUAGAAGCUUCUCUAUGAUUACCCUUUUUCACUUGCUUGCUAGCUGCUCUGCUCAAUUCACCACAAGAAAUAGCAGGUUUUGAUUAAUGAAUGAUUGUAAAUAUUUAGUUAAAUACUUGCGUUAUCGAUUAGUCUACUUCAGGCAUUCUAUCUGUAUUAUCUUACGCAAUGGCGUAUAUGAUGGGUUAUCCUAUGUGAAUGAAUUUCCCGAAUGUAGCUAUAAUUUUUGUCUGCAGAUUUCCCGAG